ACCUUGUCUCUCACUUCCUUGAUGAGUUGCCGCCGGUGACAUUUAAUAGCUUGGACGUUUCUACCCUUUUAUGUAAGAUGGAGCGUUUGCACUGUGAGAUCUGUGCUCUCAGACAGGUCGUCAAGCUUCAGGCUGAUGUUGGUGAGGAGUUACGUGUUGUUACCUCAACCAUCGAUCGCAGAGUUGCUGUAGUAGAACGACAUGUGAUGUCUGAUGGAAGGGAGCAGCUGGGUACGGACAUGCCUGGAGUGAGGAUCCAUGGCCUUGAUGCACAAGCCGGCGCUGCGGACGUAGCCGGGGAGAUUCCUGGAGUGCUGGAUGUGUUGGCUGGCUCCCAGGCCUCUACGGGCUCUGAGCUUUCUAAUGGUGAUGUAAUCCGGGACGGUCACGCCGGGGGUGUUGAUACUGAUAUUGUGAAUAAGAAUAUUGAAGGGGUUGCUGAUCUUCCUAAUUCCCCUAAGUGGAGUACGGUAGUGAAACAAGGCUGGCGUAAAAAGGAUAAGAGUCAUCCCGUUCGCAUAAAGCAGAGCAUUAAUAAAUCUGAGCGCAAGAGGCUGGAGCCUAUACAUGGAACUGGUGUGCAAGGUAAUAUAAAAGCUGUCCGGACAAAGCUUGUUAAUGUAUUUGCCACCAAAUUUCUUCCUGAUCUUGAUGCUGAGACACUUUGUAACUAUCUUAAAGAGAGACUUGGCCGUCAUGUUCAGUGUGAACGUAUUGUGACUGGGAAUACCAGAUGCAGCUCUUUUAAAGUCAGCGUUGAGUGUGAGGACGUCACUGAGGUGUACAAUUCGGAGCUGUGGCCAGAGGGAUCGCUGGUGCGGCGAUAUUAUGAGCCAAGGAAAGCAACGCGGAAGGGGACUGCUGAACUCUGUUAAUGAUAAAUUCUAUGGGGCUGGGGAGUCUACAGUAGACCUGACUAUGGGUAUUGUGAGGGGACGGAUAGCAGGGGGUGUGGCUAUCCUAUGGCAUAAAAGAUUGGACUCAGUGAUGAAUGUGGUAAGGACUGGGGUCGACUGGUGUAUUGCUGUUC